AUGACGCAUGUUGUCCACCGUAGAGUGAAUGUCUACGCAUGCGCCCAUCUCAAUUCAACAAUGGCGUCCUCCUUUGGUGUGUGUAGGUUACAUAUGUGGGGUUUAAGAGGGCUUGUAAGAUUUAGUCUUGGAGUAGAACCUCAGAAGCAAAGAAGAUUCGCUACAACUACAUCAGCAAUUAAGGGCCAGAUAGGAAACAAGACAGCGAAAGCCGCAAAGGAGAGUAAAUCAUUUCAAGCAAUCCAGGAGGAGAAAAGAGAACAAGCUGAGAGGUCGGUCUUAAUCAGCUUGCCAGCAAAGAUCAACGAAAAUAAAUUUUUAGGUUACCUGUCUAAACAUGGGGCAAUCAACAAGCAUUUCUUCUACAAUAGCUAUGGAACAUAUGCAGUGGUUGAAUUCUCCAGCAGAGAGAGCAUCACCUCGUUGAAGGAGAGCACUAACAUACCAGCUGUCCAACAUGAAGCUGCAGUGCCUUUCAAAUCCCGUCUGCUUUCAUUGAAAUGGACUGGGCCAGGCAGUCAGUCGGGCAAUCAUCCCGUGCCAAAUUUCCAAGAGCAGUCCCCACCAUCCAUCAAUGGCAUCAUCCAGCUGCUCUCUGAACAGGACAGUGUAGAUCAGCAAAUGCAACGUCUGACAGAGGCCUUUCAGCUCACAGAAGAGAACAUUAGUCUACGGUUUUUGGUCUGUUCUCUGCUCAGAGACAUAACUGCUGCAUAUUUUCCAGAAAGCAUCAUCAUGCCUUUUGGCUCCACUGUCAACAGUUUUGGCAAACUGGGCUGUGACCUCGAUAUGUUUCUGGACCUUGACGGCAGCUAUGCACCAGGCCAGAGAAUGGGCUCUGGAAUGUCUCUGGAGUACCAGGUGAAGAGAGUGGCAUCAGAGCGGGUUGUGACCCAGAGUAUCCUCUCAGUCAUUGGGGAAUGUGUGGACCAGUUCGGCCCUGGAUGUGUAGGGGUCCAGAAAAUUCUGCAAGCUCGAUGUCCUCUUGUCCGCUUUGCUCACCAACCCUCUGGCUUUCAGUGUGACCUCACUGCCAACAACAGGGUGGCAAUGAAAAGUUCCGAGCUGCUGUUUCUGUACGGGCAGCUGGAUCCUCGUGUUCGGCAACUGGUGUUCAGCGUGCGGUGCUGGGCUCGAGUUCAUAGCAUCACUAGCAGUAUUCCGGGACCAUGGAUCACCAACUUCUCUUUAACGCUCAUGGUAUUGUUCUUUCUACAGCAGAGGAGUCCUCCUAUACUGCCCACACUGGACCGACUAAAGGAGCUGGCAGGACCAUCAGAUAAGUGUGUCAUUGAGGAGAAUGACUGCACCAUUGUCAGUGACCUCAGCAAGAUUGCACUGCAGAAUAACACAGACACAUUAGCAAAACUGUUGCAGGAGUUCUUUGAGUUUUAUGGCAAUUUUAACUUCAAGGCAUCGAUCAAUAUUAGGAAGGGAAAGGAGCAGAACAAACCGGAAACAGCCGCUUUGCACAUCCAGAACCCAUUUGAAACUACUCUAAACAUUAGCAAGAAUGUUAACGCAACGCAGCUCGAACGUUUUGUGGGACUUUGUCGAGAAAGCGCGUGGCUUCUCCAGCAGAGGGAAGUCCUUAACAGAAGUUCUAGCCAAUCAGCUGAAUCGGUCUCACCGUGGGGGUUCGCUGCCCUUCUCCUUCCUUCAGUCACUUCAGGAGCAGGGGUGAAAAGUCGCAGGAAGAGAAAACUGGAGCCAGCUAGUUCAAGGAUAAAAAACCUGUUAGACUCUCUAAAGAUUAAAGGUGGCGAAACUGUUGCAAAGAAAGGAAGUGCCAACCCUAGGAGGUGAUAUGCUCAGUAUAACUGGGGGACUCUUGGGUUUUUAAAGAAAAACAUCUUGAGAUUUUUCAAAUGUAAUAUCCAACAUGCCCAAACAUGGAAACAAUGAGAGGUGGAUAUAUUUCUACAGUUGGAGUCAGAUUAUUAUGUAUUUAAUUUGUGAGCUGGAUUGACAGUGUGACUAACAUUUAAACUCACUCAGCAUACUGCAAUGAGAAGUUAUGGUGCACUAUACCUCUUUUAAAAAAAACUUUAAAAACUAAGACUUCAUUCCAACUAAAAGUUUUUUUACAUGAAAAGGGAAGCUUUGUAGAUCACAUCAUGAUAUAACAUGGGAGGCAGAGGUCCACUGCAGUCGUCGCUUCUUUGGAAAAAGGAGUUUGUUGUGCUGAUCUGAUAACAGUGAUCAUUACUGUUGUUAUAGCAGUGAAGCAGAACCUCUGAACACUAAACAGCUUAAAUAGAACAGAAGUGAAGUUUUGAUUCAGUUAGAUCACAUACAGACUCAAUCCUCUCUUUAUUGCCAUACCAACACUUUGGCCUAAUGACUGAAUAAGUAGUUUUGUAAAAGCAGUUAUCAGUCAAGGUUAUCACAUAAGUAUGUAGUCAGAAGUAAAAAAAGAAUUUAUAGUUUACUGUCAACCAUUGUAAAUAACAAAAGUUUUAUAAGAUAUUAAAAAAUAAGUAAGUGCAAUCAACCUAGUAAUGUUUGUUCCUUGUUAAAUGGGCUUUUUAAAAAUUUGUUGUUUUGUUGGGUGACUUCUUAUGAGGUAGGGUUGCCUAAUUUCUCCACUCCUUUAUAAAAUGAAAGGGGUAGUUCAC